AUGGGUCAAAACACGUCCAAGCCAAGCAAAAAUAAACCUACCUACACCAUAGUCAACUCCGCAUCGGAUGCCGAUGAUGAGUUGGUCUUGAAAUUGCAAUCGUUGUUAGUCGAUGAGACUAGAGGAGACGAACAAGCAAGUACUACAGGUAUGAAACUAUUAUCGCAAGAAAAUUUGGGUAAGUGGAAUGAGGAGAUUCUGAACGACCCAACUAAGAAGUUGGCAUUGAAUUGUAUGACUGGCAAUGAUAUCGAUAAGAUUAUUGCUAAUACACAAUCAAUUGCGGAGAAUAACAUUGACUUGUUCAACUACAACGUUAAGUUUGAAGGUAAGCCAAUCACAAACCAGAAAUCCUCUGGUAGAUGUUGGUUGUUUGCAUCGACAAAUGUGUUUAAGGAAUUCAUCAAAAACUCCUAUAAUUUAGAUGAUUUUGAAUUUUCUCAAAAUUAUCUAUUCUUUUAUGAUAAAUUAGAAAAGUCGAAUUGGUUUUUGAAUAGAGUUCUGGAGUCCUACAAUGAAGAUCUCGAUUCAAGAUAUAUCCAGUUUUUACUACAAUUACCUGAGAACGAUGGUGGACAAUGGGAUAUGAUUGUUAACCUAGUAAAUGGUUAUGGUUUAGUUCCAAAGUCAACCUAUCCAGAUUCUGCAUCUUCAAUCAAUUCGGGUAGAUUGAAUUAUUUUGUAAAUAACAAAUUGAGAGAAUUUGCCAUUGUAUUAAGAAACUUGAAAAGGCAAGAAUCAGCUAAAUUUGAGAAGCUUGGUAGCUCCUUCAGCUCGGAGAUUCCAAAUGUUUUGAAGUCCAUGUUGAAGGAAAUCCAUACCAUUCUGUCGUUGACCUUGGGCAUCCCACCAAAACCAACCGAUGAUAUAGUUUGGGAAUACAAGGAUAAACAUGGUAACUUUCAUAGGAUCGAGACAACUCCUUUGGAAUUUUAUAAUAACAUACUAAACUUUAAAGCUGAUGAAUAUUUCUCCUUGAUUCAUGAUCCAAGAAAUGAUGAGGGGUUGUACACAGUUGAUAAGUUAGGUAAUAUCGAGGGUGGUAAACCUAUUGAAUACGUCAAUACAUCAAUUGAAAAUCUAAAACAAGCUGCUAUUUCGAUGAUACAAGCAAACGUUCCAGUUUUUUUUGGCUCAGACGUUGGCAAAUUUGAAGAUACUGAGAAAGGUUUACUUGAUGUUAAAUCAUGGGACUAUAGUCUUGGCUUUGGAACGGACAUGAAAUUAACCAAAAAGCAGAGAUUAUUAACGGGUUCUUCAGCAAUGACUCAUGCCAUGGUUUUGACGGGUGUUCAUUUGGUCAACGGUAAACCAGUCAGAUGGAAGGUUGAAAACUCUUGGGGUGAAUAUGGUCAACAUAAAGGUUACUUUGUUAUGUCAGAUGCUUGGUUUGACGAGUAUGUUUUACAAAUAGUUACCAAUGAAUCUUUUACAUCCAAGAAGUUGACAGAUAUUUGGAAGUCAAAAGAUUAUAAAGUAUUGCCAUAUUAUGAUCCAAUGGGUGCGUUAGCAUAA